AUGAGUUUUGCACUUAUGCGUGCUUUUCGACCAUUGAGUCGUAUCGCUCAUCCAGCAUUGGCUAAUUCAUAUUUUCUUGCUGCUCCAUCAUCGAAAUUAAUGGUUCCAGCUACUACAGGAACAGCAAUUCAGCCACGAGUCUCAAAUCAACUUCAACAUCCUGUGGCAGGCAUGGCUGCUUUAACAGGCACUGAUCAUUGGAAAAUCGAGCGUGUGGUCGCUAUAGCUAUGCUCGCAAUCAUACCUGGCUCAUUCGUAUAUGAUACGGCAUUCAUGAAUUAUCUACUUGCUGCAUCGCUUGCCAUUCAUGCUCAUUGGGGCUUGGACACUGUGUUGAUUGAUUAUUGUCCAAGACCAGCUUUACCUUUAGCUAACAUCGUUCGAUAUGCACUGACAGCUAUUGUCUUUGGUGGCCUUUCAUAUUUUGCAUACAAUGAUAUUGGCUUAACAAAAGCAAUGAAAGCACUAUGGCGUUUACAUUAA